AAGCAGCUCUGGAGAGUGAGGUCCGCCCUAGGAGAUCGCUAGCCGCUGAGACCGGAGCCAGGCCGCAAGCGGACAGCCUCCCUGCAGGGUGCGGCGUCUCGGCGCUCCCAAAGGCUGUGCUACCGGAACGCCCAGGGGCUAGGCUGGGACGCCCUCCCUGGCCCCCGGCUGGGCCAUGUCAAGAGGCCCGGGCUUUGCCCCGCUGCCCCCGACCCCGAGGUUACGGAAACACGCUCCUCGGAGCUUCAGCUGUCUCUCGGAUCUGGAUCCGCGACCCUGCAGACCCCCGGGCUGCGACCCUCGGCUGCAGCCCAUCAUCCAGCGGCGCGCGCGCUCCCUGCCCAGCUCUCCCGAGCGCCGUGCCAAGGCUGUGGGAGCUCCCGGCGCUACGUGCCGAGCCGGCUGCAACCGGCAGCUCCGUGUGCGCUUCGCUGACGCUCUGGGCCUGGAGCUGACGCAGGUUAAGGUGUUCAACGCAGGGGACGACCCGUCCGUUCCGCUGCACGUGCUGUCGCGCCUUGCCAUCAACUCCGACCUGUGCUGCAGCAGCCAGGAGCUGGAGUUCAAGCUGCAGUGCCUGGUUCCCGACUUCCCCCCGCCGGUCGAAGCCCCCGGCUUUGGAGAUCGCCUGGCAAGGCAGCUGGUGUGCCUGGAACGUGUCACCUGCUCGGACCUGGGCAUCAGCGGCACAGUGCGCGUGCGCAACGUGGCCUUCGAGAAACAGGUAGCAGUACGCUACACCUACUCUGGCUGGCGCAGUGCUCAUGAGGCCGUGGCUCGCUGGAGAGGGCCUGCGGGUACCGAGGGUACCGAGGACAUCUUUGCCUUUGGCUUUCCCGUGCCACCCUUCCUGCUGGAGCUCGGCUCCCACGUACUCUUUGCACUGCGCUACUGCGUGGCUGGUGCUGAGUACUGGGACAACAACGAUGGUCGCGACUAUAGCCUUACUUGUCGCAGUCAUGCCCUGCACAUGCCACGCGGGGAGUGCGAAGAGAGCUGGAUCCACUUCAUCUGAGCUGCUGGCUGUGAACCUGGAGCUUCCAUGUCAGCAGAACUGCAGUCACUUCCCCGCGGGUACUGAUCUCUGAGUGACCACCUCUCACCUCACUCUUCCUUUCAGCAGUCUGUCAAGCUCUGCAGCGGUGGCCUGACCAGUUUCCUAGUGAAUUGUCUGGAAAGCCUGGUGGCCAGAGGACCCGGAGCCUGAGUAGUGCAUUUGGUGGGGAAGGUGUGGGGGGGCAGAUGCAUGGGAUUGUGGUCCUUAAUUUCAGGAGGACCCACGUACGUGUUUUGCGAGGAGAGCCUUCUGCAUGUCUCCUUGGUGUAUCUAAACACGAGUCGCUGUUAUUUAUUAUUGUGAAGUUAGUCUGCACCCAUAGUCGAUGCCUUCUCAGGAAUACUCCAGAUUCAGUAAGCCUAAAGCAGGCCGUGUGGCCCACAUUGUGUUCCCUCGAGGCACUUCUGCCCUGGGACGGUAAAAACCUGAGACCACGUCUGCUUGCCAGUGUUUGUAGCCUUCCAACGGUGGAAACUAUUAAUAGUCGAGAAACUUAUAGCUCAUCUGUCAUCACACAGCCAUUUCUGGGCUUCGAGGCUGCCUUGGUUAGGCGAUUCCUGCCACACCAACAGCUGGGAAGGAGGGGACUGAAAGGGUUCCAGAAGUGCGGUGUGCCCCAACGGUGCUUCACUGGGACCCCGUUCAUGUGCUUGUCUUCCGGUCUGGUGCUGGGUCUGCACGUUAAUAGGCCAUAUUCUGUUUGUUUGAAACUACCUGAACCUUUGAAAAGAGCUUGCCUUAAGUUAUUUCUGUUUUCAAGUGGCCACAGGGAUUCAGGCAGGAGUACCCUUCCCAGUGACCUUUUCCACGAAAGAGAUGACUUUUUACUUCUAAGCAUGGGAAGAGUCCAGCCUUUGUGUUUUGCAAAUCAACUUUUAAGUGAACCUGGAUAGUGUUUUCAGAAAUAGCCAGGGCACUGGAGGAAAAGCAAUCCCCAGAUUUUUAUACACCUAAGGGGUUUUAAAUUGUGUUGUUCCGUCUGGCUUUGCAGCCACCUGCCACUUUAUUCCCUGUGCCUUCAGUUAGGAAAGUUGCUAACUUUUUUAUGGGCUUAUUUCCCAGUUUUAAAAUGUUAAAUUCUUUCAAAACAACAACCAAAAACCUCCAACUUGGUCCGGACCACUCACUGUUCCUUGCAGGAUGUCCCUGCUGCUUAAAACCCCCAUGGAGGGGCUGGCAAAUCUUCCUGGUGCUGAGUUGUGGCCUGAUAGCAGGCGCUAAAAUUGAGGCAAAACCAUCUGAGGUGGGCGAGACCUCCCCAGAUGUGACUUUUGAGACAGUGGAAGUCCUGUGAUGGACUUGGUGACUCCUGUCGCCGGUUCGUUGUUGAUGUCUGUUUAACCAGCAUGGAAAAGAUGCAUUUUUACCCUUUAACCUCUUUCGUUUUGAUACUUGAAACUUCUGCCUUUUAAAAUUCCAAACAGUGUUGGCUUUCCCUGGUGCUUUCUGGUCUGAGUUGAGUUUUGAAUGAACACACCAGGAUGAAGCGACACAGCCUUUGGCUGUUGGGACUCUGCACUACGCUGUGAGAAGAGCCUAGAGGCAUUGCCUGCUGCUUGACGAACUGUCCAAUUAGGUCAGAAAACCCCAAGGGGUCAAGGCUGCUCUGUCCUUGGCUUCUGUCCAGAAGGCAAGAUAAUGGUCCUGGCUCUUCAGGUAGAAGUUAGAACUGUCGGAGUACUGUUGCUUCAAAGCCGUAGAGAGUUUCACAGUGCAUGAGAAAGCCAAUCAUUUGUCCAAAGGGUCUGGUUACAGAAAAGUAAUGAUAUAUCAUCAGAGUCCAGAGAACCUCAAGGUGCCUUUUAAGACUACCAACAGUUUGAAAUCUAAAGCUUAAGGGCAAUUAUGCUUGAUUGAAAAAUAAAUAAGUAAAAGCUGUGUAAGACAAUUCAGAGUGAACUUCCUGACCCCCAAGACACACUUAGACUGUUGAGAUGUUAAAACUGUGUGGAUCGUGCACUUGUAGGGCUGUCUGCCCAAAUGUAUUUAACUGCCUGUCACUUAAAAUUAUUUUAUCCAAGCCUAAAUAUUA